GUGAAAAUGGUGAGAAAAUUAAAGUAUCAUGAGCAGAAAUUGCUCAAGAAAGUGGACUUUAUAAAGUGGAAUGCUGACAAUACUCUCCAUGAGAAUAAAAUAAUGCGAUUGUUCCACAUUCAGAAGAGGGAGGAAUACACAAUGUACAAUAAACUAUCCCGGGAAAUUCGGGAGGUGGCCAGGAAGAUCGCUAAUAUUGAUCCUACAGACACCUUCAGAACUGAAACUAGUUCAAAGCUGCUUGAGAAACUAUACAUCUUGGGAUUGAUUCCCACGAAGUGGGAUCUCGGAAAUGCAGAUAAAAUCACAGCCAGCAGUUUCUGUCGCCGAAGAUUACCUGUCCUUAUGGUUAAAAACAAAAUGUCAGAAACCGUGAAGAAUGCCACAAAAUUGGUGGAACACGGCCACGUUCGAGUGGGAGCUGAAGUGGUGAAAGAUCCUGCCUUUCUAGUCUCCCGGACCAAUGAAGACUUCGUCACUUGGGUGGACGGAUCGGCCAUCAGACAACACGUUCUUGAAUACAACGAUCUUCGGGAUGAUUUUGAACUCUAA